AUGGGGCGGGAGCCUGAGUUGUCGCAUGGCACCUCUUCAGAGAGAUAUGCAAUCCUCUCAGAUCUCAUAGCCGGUGGCCUCGCCGGGCUGGCCUGCGACCUUGCUUUACAUCCAAUUGACACAGUCAAGUCUAGACUCCACGUCCAGAAGGGCCCGCCUUUCAAGUACCGUUCCAUUUUCCACGGCUUUCGCCUAAUCGCUCAGCAGGAAGGCAUCCGACGGGGCCUUUACGCUGGUUUCGGAGCUGUCUUGGCGGGCACCAUCCCCACUCAUGCAGUCAUGUUUGCGGGAUACAAGGCCGUCAAGCGAAGAUCGGAGCAAGAGAUUUACGACGAGCAACGUCUCGCCGUCGUAGAUGUUGCGAGCGGAGCGUUUGGAGAGAUACUUGCGCUUCCUUUUUACGUCCCUGCCGAAGUUAUCGCCAAGAGAAUGCAGGUCGCAACUCUGGGGCCUGCUAGGAACUAUAACUCCGCCGCUCAUGCAGCACGCUCUAUCUACAUAACUGAGGGGCCUCAGGGAUUGAUGUCGGGCUUCUGGCCAACGAUGUUGCGCGACGUGCCGUUCACGGCAAUCCAAUUCAGUUUGUUUUCACUAAGUAAGGACUGGCUCCACCGAACAACAGGGCGACCAGAGCCCUCUACGAUCGAGGCGACAGGAUUGGGCGUUCUUGUGGGUGUAAUUGCGGCGUCCCUUACAAAUCCGUUUGAUGUUAUCAAAACUCGAUUCAUGACGCAAAGUUCGGGUUCGGAACAGAAGUAUUUUACCAUCUCGCAGUGUUUGCGGCGUAUUAUUGCAGAGGAGGGCAUCUCAGCAUUGGGAAGGGGACUGGCAGCCCGUUGCUUAUGGGUUGGACCUGGAAGUGGAAUUACCUUGGCGGUGUACGAGAGAACUUCACGGUACCUGAAGAAGUCAUGGCAGGUUGAAGCUGAUACCACCGCGACACAAUAGACGGCUGCAAGAUUGAAUUUCGAAUAAUGAUACGGUUUUUUUCCAUUUUUUGUGCUAACUGGGAUCCUUAACUUCAGGAGGUGGGUCAUGUUUGACCUCCAGAACACGGUCUCCUGGUCUUUAUGAACGACCAGCGACAUAAAACCUAACCAACGAAUUCAAAACAAAA